AUGUUAAGUUGGUGGACACAUAAAAAAGCAACCUCAGAAAAUAUACCAGCAGGGACAGAAGAUCUUGCAAGUUGUCUUGAAAUAUGUGAUAUGAUUCGGAGUAAAUCAGUGCAUCCAAAAGAUGCAAUAAAGAGUAUUAAACGUCGUAUAUGUCACCGGAAUCCAAAUGUUCAAAUUUUGGUAUUAAAACUGAUAGACUUGUGUGUUAAGAAUGGCGGAGAUCAUUUUCUCUUGGAAGUAUCGUCUAGAGAGUUUAUGGACUAUUUGGUGUCGUUAUUGAAGGCAAAUGAUACAUCAGAUCAGAAUUUGGUAGCUAAAAUGGAUAUAAAAACAAAGAUAUUAGAACUUAUUCAGAUGUGGGUGUCAUUAUUUGAAAAAAAAGAAAGUCUAGGUUAUGUCUGUACAGUAUACGAAGACCUUCGGUCUCAAGGAUAUAACUUUCCACCUAAGGAGGCAUUAACAUCUACUUUUAUCGAUUCUUUCUCUCCUCCUGAAUGGUGCGAUUCUAAUAUAUGCAUGCUUUGUAGAGUUAAAUUUACUUUUAAAAAUAGAAAACAUCAUUGUCGCAACUGUGGAGGCGUUUUUUGCCAAUCGUGUUCAUCAAAAUCAUGUUCCCUUUUAUAUAUGGGUAUUAUUGAACCAACCAGAGUUUGCGAUAAUUGUUAUUUUAAAAAAACACAAGCAUCUAUUGCUUCUACAGCAUCUAGUAACACUUCAAAAACAGAAUACUCUAAAUCCACAGAUGUGGAUAAUGAAAAAGAUUUAAAACGUAUUGUAAAAAUACCUCCUAAAGAAAAUAAAUUCCAAGAACCAGAAUUUGAACAUCAAGAAGAAUUUUCAAAAAAUUAUAAAAAUGAAUCUUCAGAUGAUGACAAAGACUUAAGAAAAGCAAUUACCUUAAGCUUGAAAGAUAUGGAAAUAUUAAAAUCCAAAAAUCUUAAUAUGCAGGAAAAAAUAAUUAUCCCAAAUACUGAAUUAAAAUUUGAAUAUGAACUUACAACAUCUGAGAUUGACAACAUAAAUACAUUUUCUAUACUGAUUAGAAAACUUCAAACAGCACCAUUAGGAUCAAUCUUAAGAGAUUACCAAGUUCAAGAACUAUACGAUUCUAUUGUAAAAUUGAAACCAAAACUUAUUCGUUCUUUGGGGAAUACUAUUAGUAAAUAUGAAAAACUGAUAGAUAUUCAUUCUAAACUUUCAACAGUUAUGAAAUAUUAUGAUAAAUUAUUAGAAGACCGUUUAUCAACUGUUUAUUCUAGUUAUACUAUUUCUCCUACGUGUAAAACCGAAUUUUUGCAAAGUAAUAAGGAAACACAACAUCCAUCUUUAUUAAUACCAACUACUUUUCAACCUUCAUCCUCAGAAUAUUAUUCAUACCAUAAAAAUCACCAACUAAAAACAGACAAGUCCUUUUACAAUUCAUAUACUUCAGGUGAUCCUAUAUCAUUAGAUACUUCUAUACAUUCCAAAGGAACUUAUUCAUAUAAAGAUCAAGAAAAUUCUAUCUUAAAAAAAAACAUUUCAGUCACCUCAAAUACUGUACCUAAUCUUUCAUCGGAGAUUUUUCUAAAAGACACAUUUAACAAACCCACUUUUUCAACUCAGACUAAAGAUUCAUAUAUAGCCAUUCAAAAUGAGCAUGAUUUACUUCAUAAUAAUUCUAAUCAAUCUUUUUAUCAGCAAACUCCUCAGGAUAAAAAUGAUCAUUUAAAACAGAUAUCCCUUAUUGAUCUCUAA